AUGGAGGACGGUCAUGAAAUUUCAAGCUCCACUCAAAAGUCAAAUAACAACCUAAUUUUGGCUCAGUCUUUAAUAAAUUUGAUCGAUAAUCAUUCAGAAGGGACUGACAAGGUUAUGGACGGGAAUAAUGGCGAAACACAGAAGCUUGUAGAAGAAUUAAACACUGAAAUUUUAACGACAUCGACCGCAGCGGUUAAAGCAAAAUUAUCGAAGGAUUCCUCGGCAAAGUUACACGGUAAAAGAGACAAGAUCAUGGAAUAUUGCAGGUACAAAUUUCCUAACUUUCCAAAAGACAAACCCUUACGUAGAAUAACCCGUUCUGGGGGGAAAUCUGCAAACGAGAAAUUGGCGAGUGAUAUUAUUGCCUUAGUGAAAUACUGUUGUUCAGAAGAAAUCACAGUUGAGAUCAAUGAGUUGUUUAAAAAGUCUUCGUCUGUACAUCCUGAAAUGUCGUUCAGUAGCUCGCAAGGUCAAAAAAUAACGAACUGUACUGACAUUGACCAAUUUACGAGUUUAGCUGAAAAUUUAGAUAUAAAAUUGUGUACAUUGAGAGAAGACUUUGAUCAGACUGUGACAUGCCUUAAAGACGAGAUCUCAGAGUUAAAGUCUGAUUUAUGUGCAAAGCAAGCUAAAAUUCAAGCUCUUGAAUCGGAACUUGCCACAUUUAAGGGGAAUUGUAAAUCUUCUUUGGAAAAUACGAAGGCGAAACUAGAAUCAUGUGAGAUUGAGUUAAAUAAAAAUGAAGAAAACAUAGCAAAACAUGAAAGCAAUUUUCAAAAGCUAUCUAAAGACCUUGAGAAGCUUAGAAAGGAAACAAAAGAAAUUGGCAAAGUAAACUCAAUUA